UCAGGGCUGCUUUUAUUGUCUCAAAGCCCGGGUGGGAGGGUAACUCGAUUCGUCGAGGGUUUCUCUUUGAUCUCAAUUUCCUCGCAACAGCAUCAUGACCGAAUUAUCGACAAAAAUGCCGUGGGCAACAGGCGUGAAGAAAGUUCUUAUUUCUACUUCUACUCUGGACAAUCCCUCUGUGGCUAGUAUCCGUCUUGCCUACCAUAAAUACACUAAUCAAGGAUGCAUUUCCCUCGGUAUCAAUGCAAAGUCGGGUAAUUCGAGCGGGCAAAAUCCACUUUUGUUCAGAAUCUCUCCGGAGUCAGUCAAAACGUGUAGGUUAAUCUUGGUAAGCGACGAAACACUAUGUCCAGAAUAUUUUAUUACAAGACUCCAGACAAGGGCAAAGAAUGUUCGGGACAUCUCAUUACUUAUUCUAGAACUUGAUCGGGCGCUUGAGGAGGAAACUGUUCUUUGCCCGUCUAAUCUGCCGUCUCCAGUCCCUGCAGCGCAUAGGGACUUGAAUUUCGCCGCUUUUGCAAGGAUUUGUGAAUCCAAGUCUCUACGAAUCUAUUUCGGUCGGCAACAAUUUAGGGAUCACGAACUCGGUAUACUGAGGACCUUUGUCCAUGACCUAAACACAAAAACUCUCAAAGCGGUGUCCUCCAAUGAGGCCCGCCAGGGCCGGGUUGAAAGACGCUGGAAGGAUCUGAGUGUAUGGCUUGACAGACCACCUGAUUAUGAGGAGUCUGCGUCCGAACGGGUGCAGCAAGUGAAUCCACCUCCAUAUCAUGAUAAAUCUAAGCUAGCCCGUGCGGGUGAGAAACGGCCCCGAGAUCACUCUUCAUUACCACCCGAGGAUGACGGACGAAAACGACCGCUCUUGAUUUUCCCAGAAUCGCAAUGCUGUCCUACUGAAGUCAAUACACCGAGUCCUCCCCCUUCACCGGCCUCAAUCCGAGCAACCGACUUUACGCGUCAUUCCCCUCCAAGACGCACGGAGCGUGACACACUUGCGCGUUUUGAGCAUAUGCUCUAUGGUGCUUCCGAUGAUUUGAUCCGCAAAUUAUUGAUUCGCUUAGUAUGUCGAUGUCUACCGGCCAUAUCUGAUGAUUUUGAGGGUAAUUUACUCUCUGAUUCGGAGAAAGCCAUUUUGACCAAGAUCGAAUUGAUCGAACGUCACCUCGAACGACUAAUCGAUGCGAAGAUCAAAUCCAUCCUUGAAACACAUAUCCUGAGGGAAAUUGUUCAGGAGAUUGUCGACAGUGCUUUAAGCGAGUGUUGUGACAAGGUCUUGGAUGAAUGUGCAAUGCGCAUCACAGCCGACGAUUGUAUGAAGGAGAUGGAAGAACACGCCCAAAAGCACAUGGAUGAAAUAGAAGAGCAAGCGCAACAGUAUAUGCAUAGGAUUGAGGAUCAGGCAGCAGAGGCUGAGAUGUCUGCGAAAAAAACGGGACUCAAUUUAAAGCGAUGGUUGGAAACGUCUGCCCAGUCUCUACCUGCGAGCAAAACAAGGCCUAGUCAGGGGGUGCUGAGCACCAAGGGCAGACGCAGCUCCUUCUAGUGGAUUGGUAAUAGACACGCAGCUCCUAACAUUGUUGUCAUGGACUUCAAUGGUUUAUAGGCUAGUAAGACAAUCAGUGAAUGAACCAGCAUCGAACAAUAAGACCAUUCUCGACGCGUGACUUCAGUUGAAGGGGAUUCCGUCAAAGGCCCGACAUGGGAAGCCGAACAGCCAGUGAUUAAUUGUAGGCUCGACAUGACGUCAGAGGCUGGAUCCUCGGGGCCGCAGCAGUUUUCCGUCAAGGUUGGCUGAAGUGUGGUUUGGAACAUGCAAGGCCACUGUAUCA